CGAACCCACUUUACGUCAGCCGUAAAGCAAUGGGCUAGCUGACAAAUGAUGAUAUGAGAUAACUGUGAACUGUAACAUCACUUCACCGAACUUUGAGUACUUGGAGUGGUUAAAUCUCCAUUUCACUUGAACAUCUCGUACUUGCCAACAUUUCCCAGGCCGCCGGCUGAGAGCAGACAGUUUUAUUUGUGUCCAGUUUCCUUCUGUGAGGCGGCGGAGAGGAAUCGCUUUUAGCCAGUCAUUGCCAUGGCCUCCGACAACGUCGACAGCAACAUGGACAGAGAAAUGAUUCUGGCCGACUUUCAGGCUUGCACUGGAAUUGACAACAUUGCUGAGGCAAUCACUCUCUUAGAGCUUAAUAACUGGGACUUAGUGGCAGCCAUCAAUGGUGUGAUACCCCAGGAGAAUGGGAUCUUGCAAAGCAGCUUUCCCAGUGAGGCAAGCCAGGCCACCAUUUUCGGACCCCCCAGCCAGUCAGAAGCAGCCGACGCAGAUGCCGGAACGGCUGUUCCUCCUCCAUCUUCAUCGUCUUCAUCCUCCUCUCCUCAGUCGUCCUCGACAUCAGCGUUCUGCCCAAUCAGCCCCUCCUCCCGGCACAUUGUAGAGCGCCAGUCACGGAUGCUAAACUUCAGGGUGGAGUACAGACAACGCACUGUGGAGCUUGUGAUUGAGGACAACAGCACAAUUAGAGGAAUCAAAGACCUCCUGCAGACAGAGCUCGGCAUUCCAGCUUCUAAAAUGCAGCUGAAGGGAUGGAAGAGUGGAGACGUCUCUGAUAGUACCGUGCUGAGAACCUUACACCUGCCCAAGAACAACAGCCUGUAUGUCCUGACCCCAGACAUCGCACCGACUGCCAGCACCAGCCAAAACAGUGCUCUCCAAGAGUCACUAAACCAGAACUUCCUGCUGAUCGUCAGCCACCGCGAGGCCCAGAGGGACUACAACCUCAACUUUCCUGGCUCCAGAACCAUCCAGGAGGUGAAGAGGAACAUUUCAGACUUGACGAACAUCCCAGUCCGGCAUCAGCAGUGGGAGGGAUGGCCUGCAUCAGCAUCUGAUGAUUCUAUGACGCUAGCUCUCUCUGGGAUCAGCUAUCCAUGUCACCAUCUCAGUGUUUGUCGAAGAUCCUCGCCAGCCAAUGCCCAGGAACCCACAGAAGAGUGUGCAGAUGUCCAUAUGAUCAGUGACAGCGAGGGGGACGAGUAUGAGGAUGCCACAGAAUUUGGCGUGGAUGAUUCAGAGAUGUUCGGAAUGAGCUCAUCAGGCUGUCGGAAGUCCCCUAUGAUGCCAGAGAAUAGUGAAAAUGAAGCGGAGGCCUUACUUCACUUUACUGCUGAAUUUUCCUCAAGGUAUGGAGAGUCUCACCCAAUGUUCUUUAUCGGGUCUUUGGAGGCAGCAUCUCAAGAGGCCUUCUAUGGCAAAGCUAGAGAUAGAAAGCUGCUGGCUAUCUACCUCCACAAUGAUGACAGUGUUCUCAGCAACGUCUUUUGUUCCCAAAUGAUGUGCACCGACUCGAUCGUCUCCUACCUGAGCCAGAACUUUAUCACGUGGGCCUGGGAUGUAACAAAAGAAACCAACAAAGCCAGACUUCUCACCAUGUGCACGAGGCAUUUUGGCAGUGUAGUAACACAAACUAUACGGACAUACAAAACAGACCAGUUCCCCCUGCUGCUUAUAGUUAUGGGCAAACGCACAUCCAAUGAAGUUCUAAAUGUCAUUCAAGGUAAUACGACAGUGGACGAGCUGAUGAUGAGGUUAAUGGGAGCCAUGGAGAUUUUCACAGCACAGCAACAAGAAGACAUCAAAGACGAGGAUGAGCGCGAGGCGAGGGAGACGGUGAAGAGGGAACAGGAUGAAGCCUAUCGUUUGUCUUUAGAGGCUGACCGUAAAAAGAGAGAAGCCCAAGAAAGAGAGGAAGCCGAGCAAGUACGUCUGGAGCAGAUGAGAAAGGAGCAGGAGGAGGAGAAGGAGGCAAUCCGCUUGUCGUUGGAGCAGGCUUUACCUGCAGAGCCAAACGGAGAUCCAGGGGAACAAAUCAGCAAACUAAGAAUCCGAACACCGAGUGGCGAGUUUUUGGAAAGGCGCUUCCUGGGCAGCUGUAAGCUCCAGGUCCUUUUUGACUUUGUGGCCUCCAAGGGAUACCCCUAUGAUGGAUUCAAGCUCCUCACCACCUUCCCUCGUAGAAAUAUCACCCAGCUGGAUCCGGGGUCGACCCUGCUGGAGGCCAAGUUGUUUCCUCAGGAGACGCUCUUCCUGGAAGCUAAAGAAUAGGAACUGAUGCUCCGAUAGCCGAGAGAACCCACUGACUUGAUUGAUGAACAGGCUGGACACACACGCACUAGCCACCAAGCAUGGCCCCCUCCCCACAAUUUGGGCCUACACACACACACACACACACACACACACACUGGCAUGCACACACACACUGGCAUGCACAUCCAGUGACACAGAAGCACGAGUGGGCUUCUCCAACCUCGGCCUGUAGGUGAAACAUCGGAGGUGCUGCACAGAUAAGAGGAGAAAAGACAAGCACACAGCCAAACAUACUCACCAUCCUGAGCAUCUUCCCCUCUUUCUCAGCUCUUCACACGUUUCCAGUCUGUUGUGUCAGGGUUCUCUCUCACAACACACACACACACACACACACAGAGAGAACAAUAACAGCAUCGAGAGACGGACUAGACAAAUCUUUGUCGCAGAAAAGAAAAAAAAUCAAUAAAAAAAAUCAAGGACUUC